GACUCGGCUUUAAAAUACAGAAAGUUUUGACAGUUGCAGUUGGUUGGUGUCUGUGUAUUCGAGAAUUUUUGGGUUGAUUACUUUGCAUAAAUAGAAAACAUUGGUGGUUAGAGAAAUGGCAAAAUUGGAGGAUAAAUCGAUUUGGGACGAUGGCGAGGAUUCGCUGGGCGAAGAGGUCCUUCGUAUGGGUACAGAUGAGGUGGUGAGUCGUACCCGUUUGCUGGACAAUGAAAUUAAAAUCAUGAAAAGCGAGGUUAUGCGGAUAAAUCAUGAAUUGCAAGCGCAAAACGAGAAGAUCAAAGAAAACACAGAGAAGAUUAAGGUGAAUAAGACGCUGCCGUAUUUAGUUUCUAAUGUCAUUGAGCUGCUCGACGUAGACCCUCAAGAAGAAGAGGAGGAUGGGGCUGUGGUAGACCUCGACGCCCAGCGUAAAGGCAAGUGUGCUGUUGUCAAGACAUCAACAAGGCAAACAUAUUUCUUGCCAGUCAUUGGCCUCGUGGAUGAGGAGAAACUUAAACCAGGAGAUCUUGUUGGAGUCAACAAAGAUUCUUAUUUGAUUCUUGAAACACUGCCAGCUGAGUAUGAUGCCAGAGUUAAAGCUAUGGAAGUUGAUGAGCGUCCGACAGAACAAUACUCUGAUAUUGGUGGGUUAGAUAAGCAAAUCCAGGAACUGAUUGAAGCUGUUGUUUUACCCAUGACACAUAAAGAGAAAUUUUUGAAUCUCGGCAUUCAUCCACCAAAAGGUGUUUUAUUGUAUGGUCCCCCUGGAACUGGUAAAACCUUAUUGGCAAGGGCUUGCGCUGCACAGACCAAAUCUACGUUCUUGAAGUUGGCUGGACCACAGUUGGUUCAAAUGUUUAUUGGUGAUGGCGCCAAACUAGUAAGAGAUGCAUUCGCUUUGGCAAAGGAAAAAUCGCCGGCUAUUAUUUUCAUCGAUGAGUUGGAUGCUAUCGGUACGAAGAGAUUUGAUUCCGAAAAGGCUGGAGAUAGGGAAGUACAAAGAACCAUGUUGGAGUUGCUCAACCAGCUGGAUGGGUUCAGUUCCACAGCUGACAUUAAAGUCAUUGCGGCCACUAAUAGGGUUGAUAUUUUGGAUCCGGCUUUAUUGCGUUCAGGACGUUUGGAUAGAAAAAUCGAGUUUCCUCAUCCAAAUGAAGAGGCCAGGGCUAGGAUCAUGCAAAUCCACUCCAGAAAGAUGACAAUUAAUGCUGAUGUGAACUUCGAGGAAUUAGCAAGAUCCACUGAUGACUUCAACGGAGCCCAAUGCAAGGCCGUUUGCGUUGAAGCUGGUAUGAUUGCACUGAGACGUAACGCCAACGCAGUUACCCACGAGGACUACAUGGAUGCUAUAAUGGAGGUGCAAUCGAAAAAGAAAGCUAAUCUUAAUUAUUACGCCUAGGUUUAUUGUACUUGUAAUUUCUCCUUAAUAAAUUUACUAAUUAUUUUAUAA